CCGUCACCAGCCAGUGUGCUGCCCAUCAGCCAUCACCAGCCAGUGUGCUGCCCAUCAGCCAUCACCAGCCAGUGUGCUGCCCAUCAGCCAUCACCAGCCAGUGUGCUGCCCAUCAGCCAUCACCAGCCAGUGUGCUGCCCAUCAGCCAUCACCAGCCAGUGUGCUGCCCAUCAGCCAUCACCAGCCAGUGUGCUGCCCAUCAGCCGUCACCAGCCAGUGUGCUGCCCAUCAGCCAUCACCAGCCAGUGUGCUGCCCAUCAGCCAUCACCAGCCAGUAUGCUGCCCAUCAGCCAUCACCAGCCAGUAUGCUGCCCAUCAGCCAUCACCAGCCAGUGUGCUGCCCAUCAGCCAUCACCAGCCAGUGUGCUGCCCAUCAGCCAUCACCAGCCAGUGUGCUGCCCAUCAGCCGUCACCAGCCAGUGUGUUGCCCAUCAGCCAUCACCAGCCAGUGUGCUGCCCAUCAGCCAUCACCAGCCAGUGUGCUGCCCAUCAGCCAUCACCAGCCAGUGUGCUGCCCAUCAGCCAUCACCAGCCAGUGUGCUGCCCAUCAGCCAUCACCAGCCAGUGUGCUGCCCAUCAGCCGUCACCAGCCAGUGUGCUGCCCAUCAGCCAUCACCAGCCAGUGUGCAGCCCAUCAGCCAUCACCAGCCAGUCUGCUGCCCAUCAGCCAUCAUUAG